AUGGUCACCUUAACUUACUUCCUUCUUUUCUUCAUCCCUCAUGCGGCAACAAUCACUUUCAAUUUCACAAACAUUGGUCCAGAGCACCUAUCCAAAGACAUAAAUGUAAUCGGUGAUGGAUAUAUCUCCGAUGACGGAAUCCAUAUUACCCCAGACGGGAAUGGAUCAAGGAAGUACAGACAAGGACGCGCUACAUACAUCCAACCACUUCAUCUUUGGGAGAUCACCUCUGGUGAGUUAGCAAGCUUCACCACCUAUUUCUCCUUCGUGAUAGAUUCAGACUCGGACCCAAAUUAUGGCGAUGGGCUCACAUUCUUUCUUGCUGAGAACAAUUCUGCGAUGUUAGCUGGUUCAGCCAUGGGGCUUCCCAUCACUCACUCAAGAAGUACGUAUCCAUUUGUUGCAGUGGAGUUUGAUACAUUCGCAAACCCGGAGUGGGAUCCAAGAAACUCUAGCAAUGAUUUGAUAGGUGAUCAUGUAGGUAUCAGCAUUAACUCUCUUAAGUCUGUUGUCUCUCAGCAAUGGCUCAGCAAUGUAGUUGGUGGGGGAGUCUGUCAAGCUUGGAUUAUAUAUGAUUCUCUUUCUAAAAAUCUUAGUGUUUCUUUCACUGGUUUUCAAAAUAAUAAAAUUCUACAUCAAGAGCUUCAUUACAUAAUCGAUCUAAAGGCUGUAUUGCCGGAAUGGGUUAUUUUUGGGUUUUCAGCUGCAACUGGAAAUGCGUUCCAGAAAAAUACUGUGAAGUCUUGGGGUUUCAAUAGUUCUGAUUUACGUAUCGAUGCAAACAACAAGCUGCCACCUACAAGUGGCCCAGAUCGAGUGAAGGGGAAGAAUAGUACAGUACUUGUGGUGAGCUUAAUAGUUGGUUUAUCUGUUCUACUUGCCUUCUGCGAGUGGAGGAAGAAGAAAAGAAGGGAACAGGAACAAGGAUGUUAUGUUGGAAUGAACAAUGAAUUUGAAAGGAGCACCGGAGCUAAAAAAUUCGCUUACCUGGAAUUAGCUCGGUCAACUAGUGAUUUUGCAGAAGAUCAAAAACUUGGUGAAGGAGGCUUCGGUGGGGUUUACAGAGGUUUCUUGGAAAAACUGGGCACACAUGUUGCAGUCAAAAGGGUGUCCAAAAGUUCAAAACAGGGGAUCAAAGAGUAUGUUUCCGAAGUCAAGAUCAUCAGCAGAUUGAGACACAGGAACCUAGUUCAACUCACUGGUUGGUGCCACGAGAAAGCUGAACUCCUCCUUGUUUACGAGUUUAUGGAAAAUGGAAGCUUAGAUUUGCAUCUCUUUAAGGAAAAAAGCUUGUUGACAUGGGAGACAAGGUACAAAAUCGCCCAUGGUCUGGCUUCUGCUUUAUUGUAUCUACAUGAAGAAUGGGAGCAAUGUGUUUUGCAUAGAGAUAUCAAAUCCAGUAACGUGAUGUUGGACUCAAAUUUCAACACCAAGCUUGGCGAUUUCGGGUUGGCCAAGUUGGUGGACCACGAGAAAGGUUCACACACCACAAUGUUGGCUGGAACCUUGGGUUACAUGGCUCCAGAAUGUGUAGUAACUGGGAAAGCAACCAAAGAAUCAGAUGUAUUCAGUUUUGGAGUCGUUGCACUGGAAAUUGCUUGUGGGCGAAAACCCAUUGAGUACUUGGCUCCAGAAAAACAAGUAAGAUUAAUCCAAUGGGUUUGGGAGCUCUAUGGGACAGGGAGACUUCUAGAAGCAGUGGAUCCACGUCUUGGGUUAGACUUUGAGGAAAAAGAAAUAAAGCGGUUGAUGAUCCUUGGGUUAUGGUGUGUGCACCCUGACUCGGAUUUCCGUCCUUCGAUGAGACAAGCAAUUCAAGUACUGAACUCUGAAGCAUCGCUACCUAUACUCCCCUCAAAGAUGCCAGUGGCCUGUUACUUGUCUUCUCCCAUUUCUGCUCCAUAUAGUGUCGCUUCCAUCAUCCAAACCUAA